CCGGCUGUUCGUCUUCGAGAAAUCACGGAUUCAUCCUCUUCCCCGUCGGCAACAAAGGAGGAGAAUCCAUACCACCAUCUUCGGAUCACUGUUACCAGCGGAGGUUGUCACGGCUUCCAGUACCUCAUGUCUCUCGAGGCAGCCUCGAAGAUAGACCCCGAGGAAGACACGGUAUUCGAAGCGGAACCCGAACAGGGCACGACCUCGGGGCCCGGCGAAGCAAAGGUGGUCAUGGAUGAACCCUCUUUGGAACUCUUAUCGGGGAGCACGGUGGACUAUACGAUGGAACUGAUUGGCAGCCAAUUUAAGAUUGUUGAUAAUCCGCGGGCAACGAGCAACUGCGGUUGCGGAACGAGUUUCGAUGUCAAGGAUUAAACAAUCUCCUUGGCCAGGAUUUGGAUGGUGAGAU